CUUCUCGGUGGCUUCCACCUCUCUGACAGGCGACAUCGGUUUUGUCGGUGUUCGUUUCGUGGCCGCGCGGGAAUGCGAGCAGGACGGCUGGAGAGCGUGGACUGACCACACACGGCGCGCGUCCUCCUCGGACACGAUCUCUCUUUCUGUGUAUUUCUCUGUUUCUUUCUUUCUCUGUCUCUCUCUCUCUCUCGCUCUCUCGGAGACACUGUGGUUCGGGCUUUUCGCAGGAUGUCCACGAAGAAGACAUCGUUGACGGACAAGCAGACCAAAAACGGGACGACUAAAUAUGUGCUGGAGAGAUGCGCCUCUAUUAACGAGUACUAUGAUGUUGCCUUCAAGGUGAUGCUUCUUGGAGACUCUGCUGUGGGGAAGACUUGCCUCCUGGUGCGUUUUAAGGAUGGGGCAUUUCUUGGAGGAAACUUCAUAGCCACCGUCGGAAUAGACUUUAGGAAUAAAGUGGUGACUGUUGACAACGUGAAAGUCAAAAUGCAGAUCUGGGACACAGCCGGACAAGAGAGAUUCCGCAGUGUAACGCACGCCUACUACAGAGAUGCACAGGCAUUACUUCUGGUCUAUGACAUCACCAACAAGCUAUCAUUUGACAACAUCAGGGCUUGGCUGACUGAAAUACAUGAUUAUGCCCAGAAGGAUGUGGUCAUCAUGUUGCUCGGCAACAAGUCAGACUUGGCUGCAGAGAGGGUUGUGAAAAGAGAGGAGGGAGAGAAGCUGGCUAAGGAAUAUGGAGUACCAUUUAUGGAGACCAGCGCCAAGACAGGAGUCAAUGUGGAGCUGGCCUUUCUCGCUAUAGCAAAGGAGCUGAAGCAUAGAGAGACACACCAGCCCAAUGAGCCCAAGUUCCAGAUACAUGACUAUAUUGAGUCUCAGAAGCGCAAGACAGGUUGCUGCAGCCUUGACUAGUCGAGACGGAGCAAUGUACACGGAUAUGGGGAGAGGGAACAAGGUAAAAACAUCUGGCUAAUGCCGAUAAUAAGCCAAUCCAGACACCGAGCCUGAGAGGAGACGAAAUCCUCUUCUCUACCCAGCUUUCUUGGCCCGCCAUCCCUUCUCAGAAAUGUGAAUUUAAAACUUUUCAUGUCGUGCAGAAAUAUGUGUGGUCUUUGUGGUGACAAAUUGUAUCAAAAAAGUAUGAGUCAGGACUCGGAGUUACAAUCUAAAAUGUCAGUGGUGGGUACAUUUCAGCUAGUAAAGCUAACACCUAAUUAGCAAAGUUAACGUUUUCGUUAGCCGAUUUUUUGAAAACCAAUAGCGGGCCAAUUAGCUCCCACUAAUUUUAGUUUGACUGUCACCUUAAGUCACAUAAGUUUUUUUUUUAGGAAAAAAGCUGAACAGUCACAAAAUAUGUGAAACUAUGCUGAAUGGAAACUACUGUUCAUUUAAUUACUUAUGUAUAUUUUGAUCAUCAUCUCAUGUUAGCAUGCUAAAGAUUUUUGGGAUCAUGUUUAUGCUUCAACAUAUUAAAAUUUCAGUUAUUUAAGUCUGUUUUACAGCCAAAAAUAAAUAAAUAAAUAAUAAAAUAAAAAUAAAACCUAAGCUAAGUUUCACAGUUCUCCUUUAAAAGUUAUCAGUUAGCUGAGCUACUUGGUCUGCCAUCGAUGAGUGUCAGAAAAUGGAUGGUUAACAGUUAGCUUCAGCUAAAUUUUUACCUGUUCAUUGGUUUAGCAUUAUCACAGUUAACUAUUCAGUUAGUGGAUUAAUGGUUAUGAAAGCUUUUUUUUUUUAUUUCUGCUUAGCUGUGCCCACUGCUGCUAAAAUGCUAUAGCCGUCUGCAGGGACAGAAAGAAUGACUUUAUCACAGCCAUUUUCUACUCUCACUCAGUCCGUGUCUUAUGGAAAUAAAAUAUUUAGCUGCGGAAGUCAGGAACUUCCCACUUGUCCUAAGGUCCACUAGUCAUAGUCUUAGGAUCCACUCGUCCUUGAGUUCACUAGUUUUCCUGGUUAGGGUUAGGAUGAACUUUAAAAUCAGUUUGGGGUUGUCAUAUACACCAUCAAAUAAUAUAAGGAGGUUAGGACCAGUGGACCCUAGGACUAGUGGACCAUUUCCGCGGAAGUCUCGCUCCGCUUCUCAGCCCUGUUUUACCGCGCUGUGGACUGACUCCCUUUGAUUGCUAUUAUUGUAGAAUGAACUGCUGGGGGAUCUAAAUGGAUUUGGGUCUCACGGUUAGAUUGUAGCUAAAAAUCAUUCAUCUGCUCACAUCUGUAUUGGUGUUAGAAUAAAAUAUUUUCAGGGCAUUUGCCCCACUUGUGUCUGUCUGACCUUCAAUUCAGGCCUGAUGAAAUGUCAUUCAAAACCUGUGUAUGUGUAACUGCUGGUGUGGAGGUUACCACUGUUAAAUUUUUUUUUUUUUUUGCCCUUAUCUUGAUGUUGCACUCGUUAGCGACACGGUGCUCCAAGUGUUAUGGUGUGUCGUUUGACAACGGGUGUCUGGAUUGUACUGAAGUUGUGUUUGUUCACACGUCACACCAUGUAAUACGUUUAUUUGUUUAUGACGUUCAUGAUGAAUGUUUGCCUGUCAAACCUGCUAGAUGUCACAUCUGUCCCUCUUCGGAGGCGUCACGGUGAUCACAAAGUGCCAUGAAAAAGUGCUUUGUUAUCAUGUUAUAUAAAAGUCUAUUUUGUAACGUA